GACUAAAGCAGAAUUGAAUCAUGAAAACAUGCAUAGAUUGAAUAUGAACUCAAGAUUAUCAAGUCAGAGUACUCAUACAAUCAUCCAAUCAAACAAACAUAGCUAGGGUUCCUCAAAACCUAAGUGAAGGGAAGUUACUCCAUAGAGAAGAGAGAGACUGCAGUAAGAAUCUUCAGAUGAUCAGUCUUCAAGUCCGGGCUUGUUCCUCGAGCUUCCAAGGCGAAGAAAUCCUCCUUCUCUACUCCAAGAAUGCCCUCAAAUCGCCCUCUCUCUCUAGGGUUCGUCCCUUGGGUGUUUGGGAUCCAAAACCCAGCUCUCCUCUUCUUUGGCUCGGAAUUUGGCUUAAAACCAGGAAAUCCCGACUCGCACGGCCAGGGUGCACGGCCGUGCAUAUCACCAUUCUGGCCGUGCAACUCAAAACGCAGCGUGUCAUUUAGUCGAACUUCAGCCCUCUCGCACGGCCAGGGUGCACGGCCGUGCGAGCUUCAGGGGUUGCCCGUGCGUGUCCUCGGCAUAAGGCGCACGGCCAUAUUGCUCACGUGCACGGCCGUGCAGCCUCCCUGGUCUGCCCGUGCAGCUCCCCAAAAACCUCGCCAUUCGUCCGUUCUUCGUCCAAUCGCCCCCAGACUCGCUCCUAAGCCUUCAUUCACGUACUAGGACCUGAAACAUCACAAACAAGCACAACCUAGCGUGAAAUCGGUCUAAACCAUGAGAAAUCACAUCUCAAACGAUGUAAGAACAGGGGUAAAAACCUGUGUAAUUAACGGUCUAUCAAACGCCCCCACACUUAACCGUUUGCUUGUCCCCAAGCAAACCUAACUCAAACCAAUGCAACUCUCCAGACCUCUAUAGCAACAAACAACCCAGAUCGUAGGUAGAGGACUUCCUAGAUCAUUUAGCAGCUUACGAGGUCAACCGACGCACAAGUCAUCUCAUAACUUCUUCGGCGAGUCGGCAUCAUGGCAAAUAGUGAACAGAGGACAAAUGAAUUGUGGAUGAAGAGAUUCUCAAAAACAAAGGAUCAUGGACUCA